CGGGGCCCCGCGCCCUCUUCGGCGCGAGCCUGGGCUGACCGCGGGAGACGCCGGCGGGCGCUGAGGAGGGCGGAUCCGAGGGGGCGGGAGGGCGAGCGUGCCCUCCCGGGAGGGACCACACCUGAGCCCGGACCCAGCCCGCGUCGGGCUUCCUCCCUCUGGCCGCAGGUGGGCUGCGGCGCCCGGCCCUCGGCGGUGGGCGGCGGGGACGGAGGUGUGCGGCGUCCGUGUCCCCGCUGCUGCGCCCUCCUCCCCUUCCCGCAGACAGGGCGCCCGCCUGGCCGCCUCGGUCCUGCCCGGCACCAUGGAGCUCUCCCCGUCGUCCGGAGGAGCCGCAGAGGCGCUGUCCUGGCCGGAGAUGUUCCCGGGGCUGGACUCCGACUCGCCGCUGCCCCCGGAGGAUCUGGAAGCGGUUGUCCCAGUCAGUGGAGCCGUGGCCGGUGGCAUGUUGGAUCGGAUCCUUCUUGAGUCCGUGUGCCAGCAACAGAGCUGGGUCCGAGUGUACGAUGUUAAAGGACCACCUACCCAUCGUCUAUCUUGUGGUCAGUCACCGUACACGGACACAACAACAUGGGAACGGAAGUACUGCAUCCUAACAGACAGCCAGUUGGUGUUGCUCAACAAGGAGAAGGAGAUACCUGUAGAUGGAGGACAGGAGCAACAGACAGAUUCCACCAAAGGGCGAUGCCUAAGGAGAACAGUCAGCGUCCCUUCCGAGGGUCAGUUUCCUGAAUACCCACCAGAGGGCACCACGAAACUGGAGGUACCAGCAGAAAGGUCCCCCCGUAGACGGAGUAUCUCAGGGACCAGUACAUCAGAGAAGCCCAGUUCCAUGGACACUGCAAAUACUUCACCCUUCAAAGUACCAGGAUUCUUCAGCAAGCGCCUGAAAGGCUCCAUCAAAAGGACCAAAAGCCAAUCAAAGCUUGACAGAAACACAAGCUUUCGGCUUCCAUCCCUUCGUAAUACAGAUGAAAGGUCUCGUGGGCUACCUAAAUUAAAAGAAUCACGUUCCCAUGAAUCUUUGCUCAGCCCAUGCAGUGCAGUGGAAUGUCUGGAUCUUGGUAGAGGGGAGCCUGUGUCAGUGAAACCACUCCAUAGUAGCAUCCUUGGACAAGACUUCUGCUUUGAGGUCACCUAUUUAAGUGGAAGUAAAUGCUUCAGCUGUAACUCCGCUUCAGAGAGAGAUAAGUGGAUGGAAAACCUGCGAAGGACUGUUCAACCAAAUAAGGACAAUUGCAGAAGAGCUGAAAAUGUUCUCCGUUUAUGGAUCAUUGAAGCCAAGGACCUUGCCCCUAAAAAGAAAUAUUUCUGUGAACUGUGCCUUGAUGAUACCCUCUUUGCUCGUACAACCAGCAAGACCAAAGCAGACAAUAUUUUCUGGGGUGAACAUUUUGAAUUUUAUAGCCUUCCACCUCUUCAUAGCAUCACAGUUCACAUUUAUAAGGAUGUGGAAAAAAAGAAGAAAAAAGACAAGAAUAAUUAUGUAGGACUAGUCAACAUCCCCACUGCCAGUGUUACUGGUCGUCAGUUUGUAGAAAAGUGGUAUCCAGUGAGUACACCUACACCCAACAAAGGGAAGACAGGAGGACCUUCUAUUCGAAUUAAGUCCCGUUUCCAAACUAUCACCAUUCUGCCUAUGGAGCAAUACAAAGAAUUUGCAGAAUUUGUCACCAGCAACUAUACCAUGUUAUGUUCUGUCCUUGAGCCAGUAAUUAGUGUGAGAAAUAAAGAAGAGUUGGCUUGUGCCUUAGUGCAUAUUCUUCAAAGUACUGGCAGAGCCAAGGAUUUUCUGACUGACUUGGUGAUGUCUGAGGUGGAUCGUUGUGGAGAGCAUGAUGUCUUGAUCUUCAGAGAGAACACCAUUGCCACAAAAUCCAUUGAAGAAUACCUCAAGUUGGUGGGACAACAAUAUCUUCAUGAUGCACUAGGGGAGUUCAUCAAAGCUUUGUAUGAAUCAGAUGAGAACUGUGAAGUAGAUCCCAGCAAAUGCUCAUCUAGUGAGCUGAUAGACCAUCAGAGCAAUCUAAAAAUGUGUUGUGAGCUGGCUUUCUGCAAGAUCAUCAACUCUUACUGUGUUUUCCCUCGUGAGCUGAAAGAAGUAUUUGCAUCAUGGAAGCAGCAGUGCCUGAACCGAGGCAAGCAAGACAUCAGUGAGCGGCUCAUUAGUGCCUCAUUGUUUCUCCGUUUUCUUUGCCCAGCCAUUAUGUCUCCCAGUCUUUUCAACCUUAUGCAGGAGUAUCCUGAUGACCGUACGUCUCGGACUCUAACUCUUAUUGCCAAGGUCAUUCAGAACCUGGCCAACUUUGCCAAGUUUGGUAACAAAGAGGAAUACAUGGCAUUCAUGAAUGAUUUUUUAGAACAUGAAUGGGGUGGAAUGAAGCGCUUUCUUUUGGAGAUCUCUAAUCCAGACACCAUCUCAAAUACCCCAGGCUUUGAUGGUUACAUUGAUCUGGGCCGAGAGCUUUCAGUUUUGCAUUCCUUACUGUGGGAAGUAGUUUCCCAACUUGAUAAGGGUGAAAAUUCCUUCCUACAGGCAACCGUGGCAAAACUGGGGCCUCUCCCCCGUGUUCUCGCUGAUAUUACCAAGUCUCUGACUAAUCCUACGCCAAUACAACAGCAACUGAGACGCUUCACUGAGCAUAACUCCAGUCCAAAUGUCAGUGGGAGCCUCUCUUCUGGGCUGCAGAAAAUAUUUGAAGACCCUACUGACAGUGAUUUGCAUAAACUAAAAUCUCCAAGCCAGGACAACACAGACAGUUAUUUCAGGGGAAAAACAUUAUUACUAGUUCAGCAGGCCUCCUCCCAGAGCAUGACAUAUUCUGAAAAAGAUGAAAAGGAAAAUAGUCUUCCUAAUGGUCGGAGCAUCUCCCUUAUGGAUCUCCAGGAUCCUCAUGGUGCUCAGGUAGAGCACACAUCUGUCAUACUUGAUGUGCCUAUGCGCCUGACAGGAAGCCAGCUUUCUAUAACCCAGGUGGCCAGCAUCAAACAACUGCGGGAAACCCAGAGCACUCCCCAGAGUGCACCUCAAGUGAGAAGGCCCCUGCAUCCAGCCUUGAACCAGCCAGGAAGUCUCCAGCCCUUGUCAUUCCAGAAUCCGGUCUAUCACCUCAAUAAUCCUAUUCCAGCAAUGCCAAAGGCCUCUGUCGAUUCCAGUUUAGAGAAUCUAAGCACUGCCAGUUCUAGAAGCCAAAGUAACAGUGAAGACUUCAAACUCAGUGGACCCAGCAAUAGCAGCAUGGAAGAUUUCACCAAACGUAGCACCCAGAGUGAAGAUUUCUCCCGACGGCACAAUAUGCCAGACAGACACAUACCUCUUGCUCUGCCACGACAAAACAGUACUGGGCAAACGCAAAUCCGAAAAAUGGACCAGGCCGGGCUAGGUGCCCGAGCCAAAGCCCCCCCAUCCCUGCCCCACAGUGCUUCCCUACGUAGCACUGGGAGCAUGUCAGUGGCUUCUGCAGCCUUAGUGGCUGAACCUGUGCAGAAUGGGAGCCGGUCCCGGCAGCAGUCCUCUUCCUCCAGAGAAAGCCCUGUUCCCAAAGUGAGAGCAAUCCAGAGGCAACAGACACAGCAGGUUCAGUCACCUGUGGAUUCUGCCACAAUGUCCCCAGUAGAGAGAACAGCAGCCUGGGUUUUAAACAAUGGACAGUAUGAAGAGGAUGUGGAUGAAACUGAGCACAAUCAAGAUGAAGCCAAGCAUGCUGAGAAGUAUGAACAAGAAAUUAGCAAACUGAAGGAGCGCCUGAGAGUCUCCAGCCGGAGGCUGGAGGAGUAUGAACGGCGGUUGCUGGUGCAGGAGCAGCAGAUGCAGAAGCUGCUACUGGAAUACAAGGCUCGCCUGGAGGACAGUGAGGAGCGGCUGCGCAGGCAACAGGAAGAGAAAGACAGCCAGAUGAAAAGCAUCAUCAGCAGGUUAAUGGCUGUGGAAGAAGAACUGAAGAAGGAUCAUGCUGAGAUGCAAGCAGUUAUUGAUGCAAAGCAGAAAAUAAUUGAUGCCCAGGUCAUAAAUGGAAAUGAGAUUAUUCAAACAGGAAAAACGGAUCGUGUCCCUGGAUUCCGCCAACACCAGGCUGAUGAGCGCGCUGACCCAAGUGAAGGAGCGGUACAGCAUGCAGGUCCGCAAUGGCAUCUCCCCCACCAAUCCCACCAAGCUUUCCAUCACGGAGAAUGGUGAAUUCAAAAACAGCAGCUGCUGACAGACUUUGUGAAUACAGACUGUGGAAGGAGACAGAAGGAAAUUUACCCACUUCUAUUCCCAGCCUUUACUCGUCCCCUCCAGGUUUACAGAAUGUUGCUAAUUCAAAUGGCAAUGUGGUGAGAAACUCAAAUGAAGAAAGGAACUUAUCUUUCAGGGCAUAAGCAAAGAUUCCCAAGGUCGAGCUUCUCCCCAUCUAUAUGUACAUAGGGAACUUAGUUCUGGGCCAUGUACAGAAAAUACCACUGUAAUAUACCAAAAAGAAGUUAAUGAUGUAGAUUACCUUUUUAAUUAUUACUAUUUUUAUUAUUGUUUUGCUCUUGUUGAAAGCACUGCAGUUGUUAUAGGAGGAAAAGUAGGAACUGUAACUAUGUAUGAGUGAGAAAUGAGCCCGUGGGUUCAGUAGGUAGAGACCCAGUUUCUCUCUAAUAGAAGCACAUGGAGUGCAAUAGGACGUUGUUAGAAUGAAUUUUUUCAGGGAUUCGUCUGCCAGUUUAAAAGACCUAUUCUGAUCCCCGUGGCAUUUAGGAAAACAUGCAGAUACCAAGAUCCAUACAAAACAGUAAUUUAUUCCAUUGAUCAACCAAGAUUGAUUUUGGUCAGACCACUAGCCUAACUUGGGGACUCACUGUUUCAGGGGACAGAUAUAAAAGCAGUUGCAUCAAAACUGGACUUUAGGAGUGAUAUCUAGUGAACUCCAGUCAAUAUGCCUAUUUUCUCUGUCUACAGCAAAUGGGAAUUUUCUGUUUUAGAUAUGUUUUUUUUUUUAAUUUCCACUCCUACUGUAAUAAAGGGUGUUCUUUUUCCUCUUUAGAGUUUAUAAAACUAUAAAUAUUUGUGUCUCUAUAUACAGUCUUCAUCUUCAUACAUCUAUACAUGGUGGGAACAGUCAUCACCAAAAGGAUUUACUCUCCCUGGGAGACAUUAUUCAUAUAUACUGUUCAUAAGCCAUCUGAAAUAAACACCCUUUCUUCCAAACAGAAAAGGGCUAACCACAGCAUAGCAGGAAUCUCUGGAUAUUUCCUGUUUUCUAUAUUUGUAAAGUAAUAUUUUUUUGUUCAGGAUAAAGAUUUUAUCCAUUGUACUAUGAGCAGGGUAAUUUUAUCUCCAAUAUUUAACUUUUAAACGGCUGCUUCUUCCUCUUAUUCCCUCAAUAUAAUUUGGAAAACAAAUCCAAACCAGAAACAUCACUCUUGAAAGUCUUGUUUAAAAAAAGAAAAAUGUGUCAGGGCGACACAUUCCAACUGUCAUUUUCACACUUUUGGUAGAUUUGGCAAUAAUGACCCAUUUAUCAUCCAUGGCUUAUUAUAAGACAGAAAAGGUCAUGGAAAAGAAUUUUUCUCCAGAGGUAUAGAAUGUCAUCUGGGAUGCAACCUUUAUUACCAGGAUUAUGGGAUGUUGUUACAUGUUAAAUGGACAUUAUAUAUACAAAUAUAUAUACGUAUAUCUUCACACAUAUGUACAUAUAGCUACACAGAUAGGAAACAUUCAUACCUUCUAUGCUGUCAGAUAUAGAGAUGCAAUUUUAAACUUGAAUCUCUUUAAGCAAGACCUAAUCAGUUAUUUUAUAUUGAAAAAGCAACAGUAUUUCUCAAAUGAGUUGUUUACUUUAAAUUACAAACUUUAAGAAAUUUUUUUAAAGUAAAAAAAGAGAAAAAACUAGGGAGCUAUACCCAUGGGCUGUUUGUACUUGUGUGCGUUGUUCUACAUAAGGGAAGAAGACUGCCUGUAUAGUGCCCUCCUUAUAGUGAAGCCCAAGCAUAGAUACCAAGCCCUCCUUUGUACCAAGUCCUCAGCUUGCAUUUCUACUAUUGAGCUUUACCAUUUUUCAAAAGGAUCUUUUUGUUGAAUCUCAUCAAAGCCCCCAACCCACAACCUUGUAAAGUGCUUUUCUUCAUAACAGCCCAUUUCUAUCAGUGAUCAAAAAUAGGGGCUUCUCAUUGUGCUUAGAUCUUCAGACUUAAAUGCCUAGCUGUAUGACACUAUACUGUAUUUUUUGAGGGGUGGGCUUUAUUAAUUUUUUAAAUGGUUAUCUCUUCCUUCUGAACUGAGGGCACACUAGUCAAAAUCAUUUAAUAGGAAUAAAAGUUACCAAUUCUGAAAAUAUUUGCUAGGUUGGGGAAGUAUAAACAUAGAACUGUUCUUUGUGGCUUGUUCUCAGCUCUAGCAAAGUUUAAUUCAUUCCUUUUAGAGCCUGAAAUUGUACCCUAGAAAACCUAGUAAAAGAAAUACCAGUUUUAAUGGCCUUAAAUGUGUAAUGUAGGUGAUGUCUUGCAUUGAGAUGUGGAAGUUUUUCUAGCAUGGUUAUGGACUAGAGAGAACUGAUAACAUAUUGGGAUUUUGGAGGAGACAUAAACAUCAAGUAUGUUUUUGGUGAAUGCGCUAUCUUGUUAGCUUCUUCAGAAGUCAGUCUGCAUUGGAUGAUGAAACAUUUAGACAUAUUAUGCAGCCCUAUACUAUUAGGUUAUCUUGAACGAAGAUGUCAAAGUAAAAUAAUAAGAAAUAAGGUUAAAGGAAAAAACUCAAGAGUUGUUACUAGAUGUUAAAUUUUAGAUGGGUUCUUUGAAUCUACUUCUGUCAUAUUUUUGAGUAUUUCUUCAGAGAAUGCUGCUAGCUACAGAAUUAAUCUGAAAGAUUUUAUAAGUGAAAGAAGGCAGCAAUGUGUGAUAGUUUUUAUGGAGAUGUUGCUUAAUUGGCUUUUUCUUCAGUCCCAAUAUAUACAUAUAUUAGUUUUGCUGGCAGGAGGUACAUGGUUGAAGAGAAGCUGUUUAGUUCAGACAGCCAUGUCUUCUACUUGCAGUUUCCCUCAGUAUAGCGCCACAUUAUGGAGGGUAAACCAGGGUUGAAUUGAAUUAGGAAUUCAGGUGAAGUUCUUAUAAAGUGCUCAUCUAGGUAACAGUCAGACUUGGCCAUUAACAAGGACAAUGUUAGAGUUCAAGAAUAGAAUUUCAUAGUUCCCUUAUAUAUCUGAAGCAAAAAGUUAUAUUUCCAUCAGCCCAUCAUUAUUCUAAGUCUCUGCAAUAAAAGUCAUGACAGAGGAGAGAUUAUAAUUAGGUCACCAUAACAGGCACUUGAGCACUUACCUAUGUUCCAGACACUGUCACCAAGGCACUGUUUCCAUCUAGGGGAGUUCUUUGGUAAGUUCAGUGUGACAAAGUGAGGUAAGCCUACAGCUGUAGCUUUUUGCUCUUUUCUUUAAUUUCAGGUUGAUCAAGAUUAACUGUCUGACUGAUGUUUUUCCCCUUUCUCUUUAAUGGGGUUGGAGAGUGAAUAAAAACUAAGAUUUUCUAAGACUUCUGCAAGCCCUAAUUCUAUACCCUUGAGCCCAACCUUGACAUGAGAAGCAAAGUUUUUGAGAUAUUACUCUGCCUUCAGCAUUUAUAGGUGGAUGGUUCUGUAGACCCCUGGCUCCACUGUGUCUUCAAAGGUAUAUCAGAUUGAGAAUAGAGCUCUUACUUGAAAGUCCCAAAGAAGGACCACUGCCAUCUCGGGGUUUAUAUUACUAUUUGUUUUGCUUCUAUCCAGAUUUAGUACUAGUCUCUUCCAGUUUGGAAUUCCUGAGAAGUUUGGCUAUGGGGCUGAGCUGGGGGAAACACUCCCACCUGUUCAGGAUUAGCAAUGCCAUCAGUCUACCACAUUGUAGCUGGUGCCCAGGCUCAACAUCAGUCGAGAUGCAACAUUGGGUCAGACCCAGGAGCUGCAGAGCUUACACUACAGCAUCACUGCAUUUUUAGCUGUACCUUGGAAGCCACCUCUCUCUCAUAGUAUAGAAAUUCUAAAGGACUUCUCUUUUCUCCAUUCCCUUUUCCAAAGUCCGGUAGGGAAGUCCCCUGGUUGCCCCAAAAAUAGUUGCCUUUCUACCUAUUACCUGGGAAACUGUUGUUUUUGUUUUGUUUUGUUUUUAAAUCCAGAUGUCAAUUGAAAGGACUUAAAAGUUUCCUAAAGGCAAGAAAUGUUGAGGUGUUGAAUUUUUAAGUAGAAUCUCUUUUCAUGUUUGAGUGAUUAUUAUUAGUUCAAGCUGCAUUUUCUUAGUAUUAUGACCCAGUUCUGAAUGCUUCUGAGUUUUUAAAGGACAAAAUUAAUGAAAUUUGCAUGAGAUAAAAUAAGUAUCUUAUGAGGAAGAACUAAAGAAGGCAUGCAAUCCAGAGGGGGACUUAGCAGUCCUAUCAGUAACCCAGAGGUUCAAGAAGACAAGGAAAUUUAUAUUCCUUGCCCACUUUUCAAAUACACAUAAACCGGGUGUGGUGAUGCACACCUGUAAUCCUAGCUUUCUAGAAAGUUGAAGCAUGAGGAUCACAAG